AUGGGCGUUGCGAAACUCAUUUUUUAUCUAAUAUUGUCUUGCGCUACGAUACAUGCUCAAUGGAUAAUAGACAAAAUUCCUCAUGGCAUUAUUAAGCCAACUGAUGAUUAUUGGGUUAUUAAAACUAACGGAGCAGUUACUCAACCAAAUUUUCCUGCCUAUAUUCGGUUUUAUAAUACGCGUGCAACAAAUGCUGAAUAUGAAAUUGACUGCUCGACUUCAGUUAAAGUGCUCUAUUAUCGUCAAGAUAUUAUUUUUCGCACAACAGAUCAUACUUGGAUUAACCAAGAUUCCUAUUAUAUUACAGUCGAUGAAGGCGUACUUUAUUCGAAUAAUAUUGCAAAUUCAUCAGCAUAUUUAGAUCCCACUUUUUGGACAUUUGACAUUAAAAUUCCAUUUCAUAGCGCGUUUCUUCACUUUACCAUGAUAGAUAGUGAUAGUGUGAUGAUUAUCAGCGAUGAUGAACAAGAUAUAAAUGAAUCUCGUUUGUACAUUGAUGAGAAUGUGUUUGAUUCUGUAAAUUGUUCUGGUCAACAAUCAUCGAAAUCAAUAAAUACAGGCAAUCCUUUUGAACUUGAUUUCAUUUUAUUAACUAAUCUCAAUCGUUAUCAAACGCGAUCUUGUCAAACUAUUCUUACAUCGAAUACAAGUCUUCUUCUGAAACGAAAUCGAUCAACAUUUUGUCAAGCAGAAUACUUUGCGACAACUACAAAAGCAACAAAUACUGAGCAUUUUAAUGACGAAGAAGAGCGAAUUUUAGUCGCAAAGAAAAUCAAAAUAGAAAAACUCGAGUUUUAA